UAGUAGUGACGUGUACAGUGGGUGUUGCGUUUAUGCAGUACACAAGCGAGUCGUUCACGUUCGUUCUUUCUGAUUGAUAGCCAGUCAGUCGUUCCCCACUCAGUCACGGCAUUCACUGCAUUCUUCACCGCCGUUUUGCAACCGGAUUUUUCAGCUGUGCAACAAUGUUUCUCUGCAGGGUCGCCUGGCAAAAAUUAGCUCCUGUGGCACGGACUUUUACCACCAGAUUUGCCAGAAAUGCCCCUGUGCGGCACAUGUCCUCCAGUAGUGCCCCAGGCUCGACUGGUGAUAACCUGAUGUACAUCGUCCUCUGUUGUGGCUCAUUUGCUGGCGCAGGAUAUUAUGUCUACAAGACUGUAACUACUGACUCAGCCAGGUUCCAGGACAGAGUCACAGAGAUCAGCAGCAGACCAAAGUCAGAAUGGACACCAAAGCCAUGGCCAUCUAACAAGGAAGAUGGUAAGUACCUACAGUAUAUAUAUAUUUUUGUUAUUGAGCCACUGACCAAUAUAUUGCAUGUGUUUUUAACUUCACUUAACAAAUUCAAUUUAAAGGUAGUCCCUUUGAAAGGGCAGUGGUACAUUAUGCAAUAAAUUGUCUUUACUUAAAAUGCGUGCUAACUGCUUCCCUACUAACUUAAAUCGGGGCUUUAUAGAGUUCAAUGCACCUGCACAACUAAGCAUUUUGAUAGUCAUAACCCUAUUCUGAUUAACAAUGGUAGGUCUUUCAUUAGCUAUAAGCUCUAUAAUACUUUAUGAACACUGUUUGGAUCGUUUUUUGUUUGUUUGUUGUAAUAACAAAAUAAAAAGACAAAGUUGGUGUGUUUUUCUGCACACUGGCUGUUAAAGAUGAACACUGGGCAUAGGCAUGUGUAGAACACAUGUGUGCCGAUCAUUCUAGUGAGCUGUAGGUGUUCCUUGCCUGUCUGACAAGAUUUGUUGAUGUACCCUGUAAUUGCAAGCACAUGGAGAAACUCGCAGUAAACAAACAAAGCCUAAUCUGGGUAAUUCAAAAAACAGAACACAACCUCAACAUCUUAGUUAGCUUAAAUGAAAACAAAUUAAAUGACUUUUUGCUAAUGUUUUUAGAAAGUGGAGAAAUGAUAUUAAGCAGUGAACAUGAUCUGUGAAUCAGAAUGGAGUUUAAUCCUGUAGACUGACUGAGCCUGUUCCCCUGACAACAAGAGCACUGUUUGUUCUUUCCUUCUUUUCCUUCUGUCUGUCUCCUUACCUGUGUUACUGGAUACACUACCAUACACCAGUCCAUACUGACUAGUUAUCUCAUUAAAAAAGAGGGUUAGUACUUUACUGUAAAUCCUUAUGGACAGCUAAUGCAUAUGAUGCACAAUAACCUCAUAUAUGUUUUGUAUUAGGAAAGCUAGGAGUAUAUAUAAUAUAUAUAUAUACUUUUUAGAAUUCAAUGUUAUUAAUAUUUUACAGAAUACAGCACAUUUCUUAUUUUUCUAAUUCUCACUCUAUUUUACACUUUCCAGAAUAAAAAUCAAGAAAGCUUUGGAUGACAAGGGCCUCUCCUUCUCCUCUUGAAUGUGUUCAAGCUAGGAAUCUAUUUUCUGAAAACCUUUUUUUUUUUUUUUUUUUUUACCGUUGACAUCAAGCUAACUCAUUAUUAAACACAAUGUACAAUGUUAUUUAUAUAUUUAUUUAUGUUAUGCUUAAGGUUAUCUGUUACUGAAAAACAAACAAUUGUCUUUAACACACCAAUGUCGACCCUCGUCUGUGUGUGAGCCUUGUUUACUUGAAAUCAAUACAAUAAACUGCACAGACUGCAACUGUGUUUGUCCGUGCAUUAUUGGACUUGAAGUUUUGAAGGCCCUGAUAGCUCAGAACUGAUGGUAAGCCGUGUCAUCUGUUUCUGCUUCUUGAUGUUUGUGUCUCAUGUCUGUUACUGUUUUCCUCUUGUUUCCUUUUCUGGAUUUCCAAAUGUCUCAUAACUGCACGCUAUUUUAGCAUUUUGCUGAGAGCUACUUAGCUGGGCAAAAAAACAACAACAUUUUGAACAUAUUGCUUUGGCAUGCUUUUGAUUUGAUGGCAGAUAUUGCUUGCUGUCUUGCACAGACGCCACUCAAAUGAUGUUUAUAGCAGAAAUUAAAUCAACAUUUGUAUCAGCUUAGUUAAUGAUUGUUGCUGCCACCGAUGCCCUUUAUAGCAGCUUUUAAUCAACAUUGAAACGUUGAUUUAAUGCUUUUAUUCACUUCCUGUGGGAGAGUAAUCUAUCAAUAUUAUAAAACUAGCAAGAAACAGCGUAGUAGCAGCUACUGGGUUGUUAAAGGUGUUUCUUGUUAAUUCUAAGCAAUUCAAACAGCUGUAUUCUAUUUGCCUUUAUAUGCCACUUAAUCCUCUAAAUCCUACAGUUAAAUGUGCAUAAAUGGGGGGAGGAAUAGGUUUCAUAUGAAGAAAAUAUGUGAUUAUCUUUUAAAAAAAAAAAAAAAAAAAAAAAAAACUUCUUUGGAUGAGGCAGCAAUAGGGAGCUAUUUAAAAAAAUAUAUAUAUAAGACACAGAAUCGUAGCACGGGAGGUUGGAAGAUUUCUGUCUUUUUUUCUUUUUUUUUUUUUUUGGUUGAUUUGUAAUAUUGUUAUUCAAUGCAAUAGAAUCUGAGGAGACUGGAGAGGCAGAGGCUGCUGAAGAGGCUGCACCGGAGCCUCUAGUAGAGGCUGCAGAGGCCCUGGAGGAGGCACUAGCCGAGGCCUCGACUGAGUCCCCAAGCCCUGCCGAGUCCACAGAGGCUGGGGUAGCUGACGCACCUGCAGCUGAGGAAGAAAUCUCAUCCGUGGUGGAAGAAUCUCAGCAACCCGCUCCCACAGACGCUGCCCCGGUGCAAGAAACCGAGCCUGUGGCAGAGAUGGGAGGGCUAGCAACAGCAGCAUCAAUUGAAAUAGAAGUUUCAGAGGCUGUGGCAGAGCUGGCAGAGGCUGCUUCCCCAGUUGCCAUUGAGGUGGUUUCUCCGGUGGUGGAGAAGCCAGAGAAGACAGCAGAAGCUCCAGUGGAGGUAGAGACGUCACCCCCCGAGGAUGUGCCAGCCAGCCAAGCUGCUGAAGAAAAAGCCAUUCAGAAUGUCAAAGUUUCAGAGGCUGUGGCAGAGCUGGCAGAGGCUGCUUCCCCAGUUGCCAUUGAGGUGGUUUCUCCGGUGGUGAAGAAGCCGGUGGAGGCAGCACAAGCUACAGUGGAGGUAGAGACGUCACCCCCCGAGGAUGUGCCAGCCAGCCAAGCUGCUGAAGAAGAAGCCAUUCAGAAUGUCAAAGUUCCAGAGGCAGAAGCUAAGCCAGUGGAGGAUGCCUCCCCAGUAGUUGCUGAGGUAGUUGCUCCGGUCGCUCAGGUGAGUCCUUUGGUGGAGGAGCCUGUGGAGACAGCAGAAGCUCCUGUGGUGACAGAGACUCCGCCCACACAGGAAGUGCAAACUAGCCAAGGUUCAACACUAGAAGCCAGCCAGGAGGUCGAAGUUGCAGUGGCAGUGACUGAGUCAGUAGAGGUCGUGGAGGUGGUCUCUCCUGUUGCUGAGGCGAGUCCUGCAGUGGAGAGUGAUUCUCCAGUGGUGGCAGAGACAUUGUCUGCAGAGGUUCCAGUCAGCCCCGAGGCAGAUGAAGAAGCUGUUCAUCAGGUUGAAGAGGUCCUUGCAGAAGUGACUGCGGCAGCAGCUACUAUUUCUGAGGAGGCGACCCCAGAGGGUCCUGCUGAGGCUGCCCAGGUUCCACAUUCAGAACAAGCUCCUGCUGUUCAACAGCAAGAGCCUGCUCUUGUGGAUGCAGAUAAAGAGGUUGCAGCAGGUUCUGAAUGGCAAGUCAAAUUACCAUUACAUGUUCAACGUGAUUGACAACACACAUGUUUGAUUACCAUGUUCGUACCCUUGAAAGAGGAUGGACCCGGAGCUUGCUGUCUUAAGUAUAAAUAUCAUGGAAACCACAGUGUCACGGCACCAUAAAGUAAAUAGUGCUCUGCGGUUUGGGCAUGUAUGUAUGCAUGUGAAAAAAACAACUUAUGAAAGCUGUAUAUGCCUGUGAAUUGCAUAGACAUAACAUAAUGUCACCCUAGCGCUCUUUGCAAAAAGUAGGACUGAUUGAUUGUUAUCUUUUUUGUUUUUGUUUUAUGCAGUCAAGAUUAAGACCUCUAUGAUGAGGUGGCUGUGACAAUCAAAGAAGCUGUGAAGUGCCUUUCCCUGUGUGUUCAACAGCACAGAAGAUAAAGCCCUUAUAUGUCUAUGUAAUAAUGGUUCAUUUUGCAGUCUAACCAUGUGAAGAUCACUCCACACAUGGGAAACAGUUCUGAAAGGAAUAAACAAAAACAAAAAAACAUAAUUGUAGGCAGGGGCAGUUAUGGUUUGAAGGGUAAUUUCUUGCUUUUUUUUAGUCAAAACAGAUGUAUUCCUCUCAGAAAUUUGACCUUUUCUUCGCACCUGCUUCAAAACAGUGAGUGUUGUCACAAGACAGCUUCAGUGAGUGUUCAUUACAUGUUUAAACAGAGGUUUGCUGCAAGCCUGUACCAAUUAUCAAUGUGCCCAGACCAGCAGAAAGAUCAUUCAAAAUCAUAGGAAUUGUUUUUCCAUAAACAUUCUGUAGAUGUAACCGUCCGGCUGAACAAUAAGAGAAUGUGUGUAAAAAAAAAAAAAAAAAAAAUGUAGUGUGCAAUGCAGUGAUGUGGUCACGUGAUGUGUCAUGUGAUCCACUACGUGUUGAGAUAUGCCUUCUGUAGCAGAUCACUUUAAUUUGUCUGGCCUAUCACUGUAACAAUAACAAUAGAAAGGCACUAAAGAAUAACAAAGUACUUUAGAGGAUGCUUUGCUAAAAUCCAGUGUCGUCCCCCCCCCCCCCCCCCCCCCGAGAUCUUUGCAAGGUUUUUACUAUGUGUAGCUUAACAGUGGUUAAAUGUUACAUUAUAAAUAUAAUUGACUUAUUUUUCCUUUGUAAGUCAGUUUACAUUCGGUAUAAAUGGAACAAUUGCAUUGACAUUGACCAGGUAAAAAGCAGGUUGUUUAAAAAAAACAAAAAAAAACACUGUUUAAUUACUGUGAUUCAACAGUCUUAAGUUUAAGCUUAUGUUAGUUUCUGGUUUACAUUAUUCCUUCUUCUACCUCAGAACAGUGACUUAUAGCAUAUUCUACAAGGCAGAUAUUGCCUCCUUUAAAAAAUAAAAUAAAAGAUACAGUUUGUCACUAUUUGUGCAUAGUGUGCCACUUAAAGUACCGUUGUUCUGAAAAAUAUAGCGUCAUUUUUCUUUUCAUUGUUAACAUCCAGACAACAUUUUACACUUAUAACUUUAAAGUCUGUUUCAAAGCUCUUUUCAAAAUGUAUGCUCUAGUGCACUGUAAGGAGUAUUGCCCACAUUGUCAAACAGAUAACACAGCAACCCAUGAUGUAGUACGGAACAGAAAAGCUAGAGUACUAGUUCUUAUGUUUUUUAUUUAUUUGCUUCCUGCAGUGAUUUAGAGGACAUAUCUAAAACACCAGUGCACUACAGCAGACAUUUUGAAACAGACUUUAAAGUUAUAAGUGUAAAAAGCUGUCAGGAUGUUAACAAUGGAAAUAAUGACAGGUAUGUUAUUUAAACAGUUGUAGCAACACGUAGGGAUGUAUAACGCUAUAUUAUUUGGAACCCACUACUUACUCUUUAAGCAACCCUUUUUAAAUCUGUCAGUUGUAUCCUGUUUCUUAAAAUGACCCGUGAAACUGCUGCUUUGAUGGUGUUUGCUGUCUUGUUAUUAAUCCAUGUUUUACUACAGACACCACUUACAGAAAAGUUAGAAAAAUACCACUGGGUAUUGCAAUCGAUUUCCUGUAGUGUCAAUACCAUUGCUAUUAGUAAUCUAAUUGUGUACAUGCUGUCACUGUGGUUUGGUACCACUUCAACAUUAUCCAUGUGCUACUAAUGCUACUGUGUUGCUAAAUCAUUGCCGUUAGUGGUAUGGAAUUUCAGUACAAACCGAUCUGGGGUAAUAUAAAAUAGCCCCAUGAUAUACUGUGAACAGUGGUGCUUUUGGUGAUCGAUAAGCAUUGUUUUUUUAUAUAUUCAAGAAAGAUUUUAAGAAAUGAAUGUGUAGGAAGAUUUAUGACUUGCAUUUAAGAACACUGAACAAAUGUGAGACACGUGACUUGUAGCCUUGACUGGGUAUAGUUAUGGUUUCAGCUUACUGUAAUGAAACCAUCGGAACCCUUUAAUGAUAAACAGAGCUUCUAACCAUAUAGGUUUAUGGUUCAAUAAUAAGCAUAUAGGGCAAGUAUACAGGUAUUAAUUUGAGAAAUUCAAGUGGUACCAUAUAUUAUAAUUCUGGUUCUCUGUUCCAAGCAUAGGAAAUAGAUUGCAUCAUUCAACUGGUAAAACAAAAAUAUCCAUUUCAAGGGACGAAGGUGUAUGUUUACAGUCAAGACAUUUAAUUAAUGUUAUGAUGUGUUCUGUACCCAGUUAAUAUUGUAACUGCAUUUAAACAUACCAGCAGUGUUAUCAGAGGGAACUGCUGCCUAAAAAAGGGACACUAUGAUGGACAUGAAAAAUAAAAAGGGAUUCAAAA